AUGGCUGCAAGAGCCAAUGCGGAACGGCAGGCCUUGGAAGGCCUUGCUUCCGAGUGGGAGGCAUGCUCGGCUUCCAGACGUCGUUUGUUGCUGGACGGCUACUUGUUAAAGUGGCCCAAGGCCGAACUUACUGGUGUCCCAUCAUAUGCGAGUGCUGCGCUAAACUAUGAAAGUUUGGAACCCCUGUUCCGUUUGUGGGCGGCGAACAUGCCACUUCCAAAGUCGCCGAGGGAUGCCAAUGCCCCAGCUGCUGAAGCUGAUGACGAUGAUUACGAGAACUUGGCAGAUGACCAGGACCCUGAACCCGAGGAGAAUGAAGACGUUGUAGCUUACAUGCACGGACGACUGGACGAUGCAGAUGAGGACGAUGAGCCGUCGACAGAUGCUGUCUUAGCGCUUUCGAAUGAGGCUGAGGGUUCUAGUGCAGAGCCACCUACAGUGGAGGUCCCGGGACACAUAAGCAAUGCAAGGGCUGAGAAUGAGGAUUCCAGUGCAAAGCCACUUACAGUGGAGGUCUCCGGACACAUAGGCAAUGCGAGGGCUGAGAAUGAGGAUUCCAGGGCAACACAAGCCACACGGGUCUCGGGGCACACGUCUGGCAACAGUGCUGUCCUGGCAUCGACGGCUGAAGCAUCUGCGGAACCUGAGUUGAUUCUGUGUUCGGAUGAGGAGAACGAGGCCCCUAAACGUCCUGUUCCCACGCCGCUUCGAGCUAGGGCUUUCAUGGCUAUGUCAAAAGCCGAACGCCUCAACGAUCUCAAGCAGCGACUGUUGCAGUUGAUCCUUGGCAUGUAUAUGCAAUUGAAGCAGACGAAGGAGGAUCGAGUCGCAAAGACGACCUUCCGCCGCGAUGGUCCCGUCCGUGGUGACCCUAGUCGUGUGGAGACACAAACGUACGACAUCGAAGCCGUUGCCGAGCGCUGGCAGAACGCCGGCAGCGUGGAUGGAGAGUUGGUGGACCUGGGAACCGAAGCAGCUGCGGCGGCUGCUGAAGUCUUGACAAAGGAAAAACAGGAUGCCAUGAUGGAAGCAACCAAAGCCAACGAGGAUGCAAAGCCAGGUCACGGGCGGGGAGGUCGUGGAAGGGGGGGCAGAGGAAGGGGUGGACGAGGACGUGGAAAGACCCCCUUAACUGCUGAUGAUGAGGAGGAGGCGGAGCCCGAGCCGACCGAAGCCAAGCCAUCCAAGAGGACCAAGAAUGCAAAGAAGCAUGCGUCGGAGCCAGCCGAGCCAACCGAAGCCCAGCCAACCAAGAGGACCAAGAGGACCAAGGAUGCAAAGGAGAGCGCACCGCCUACCGAGCCAACCGAAGCCAAGCCCGCCAAGAGGACCAAGGAUGCAGAGGAGAGCGCAUCGCCUACCGAGCCAACCGAAGCCAAGCCCGCCAAGAGGACCAAGGAUGCAGAGGAGAGCGCAUCGCCGGCCGAGCCGAAGGAAGCCAAGCCCGCCAAGAGGACCAAGCAUGCAGAGGAGAGCGCAUCGCCGGCCGAGCCGAAGGAAGCCAAGCCCGCCAAGAGGACCAAGGAUGCAAACGGGAGCGCAUCGCCGACCGAGCCAACGGAAGCCAAGCCCGCCAAGAGGACCAAGGAUGCAAAGGAGAGCGCGCCGCCUACCGAGCCAACCGAGGCCCACGCACCCAAGCCGAGGAGAGGCCGGCCACCCAAGGCCGGCGGGACCAAGGAUGCAGAGCCCCCCAAGCCCAAGAGGAGCACACCAGCGAAGGAUGCUGCUGAGCAAACCGAAGCCCCAAAGGCCAAGAGGACCAGAACCAAUGUUGCAAAGGAGAAUGCUGAGGCUGCCGAAAAGGAGGCCAAUGCAUCAAGCAGUGCCAACUCCGAUAAGAAAGCCCAGCAGGCCCGCCGCAAAGCUAUCCGAGAUGGCCUGGACAUGCCUGUGUAUUCGUUUGUGGAUAUCGACUUCUACUGGAGUCGCAACGGCAUGGGUGUGAAACUUCGCAACUGUGCGAAUGUGGAGGAACAGGGAAAGCAAGUUCUCUACUUGGGCUACAAAGGUGUUGCCGAGCACACUGCGAUGAUCACGAUGUGGAAGUUUGCAAGACCAGCUGAUCUCGUUGAAAAGGCAAAGGGCCACCUGACGCCAGCACUCGUGGAGAAGCUGGCAACGAUUAAGGAGGACUUUGCAAACAGACUGGCUCUGCUGCUGCAGCUCGCCGUGGCCGUCGGUGCCACAUGGGUGGUGGAGCAGCCUCGAGGAAGCUUGCUCUUCGAGCAUGACCGACUUUCAGAGUUGGUGGAAAGUUGGAUGGGGACGUACACAUUCCAUUUUGCCCGCAAAGUGAUCCAGACUAUGCCUUCGUUGACCGACCCCAACACCAAAUCUACAAUUGCCGGCCUGAACAUCAUGGAGGAGUUCGGGAGCAUGCCGCUGGGUGACCUCUGGCACGAUGCAAAGUUAGUCACGUUCGAGGAUUGGCUGGCCUCGCAACCGGCUGCUUGUUGCUGUGGCAAGGAUGCGCAGAUAAGGAGUCUUCAGCAGGAGAUUGAAAAUCUACGUGCCCUUGCCCAAGACCUGCAUAUCCGAUUGAAAGUGGCAUCCCUUCCUGCAGUGCCUUCCAAUGAGCUCACAGUGAAGAAGCCCGGUAUGUCCCGAAAACAAAACCGCGACCCUUGGCACUGGCUUACUCUGCUGCCUGAGACGGUUACAGGUUUGCCUAGAAUGCUGGAUGACAUCAUACCAUCUCUUCGAAGCACGUCCUUCGCCAACAGCCGUGUGGUCUUCGACCUAUGUGGGGCUACUGUACCCUCUGCUAUCCUGGACCACUGCGAGAUCUCCAUAAACUCCGUAUUUGGCAAAUACCCUGCCAUAUACAAGAUAGGCAUAACUCGCAACCCAGUCGAACGUUGGCAGAUCGGAUAUGUCAAAGACACCACCCAAGCCUGGUCAGAAAUGAAGGUCCUGGUAGCUCUGAGGGAUCCAGUCGCUGUGGGAUUCGUAGAAGCCGCCCUUAUCCGCCGUUACCAGGGCAGUCCGGGUAAUAUGAACAUCAGAAGGGGAGGGGCUCGUCUGAUCAUGUCGGAGGCCCCACCUGAGACGAGACACCUUGUGUCGAAGUCUUUCAGCACGGCCACUUUGCAGGAAGCGCUUUCCUUGGUGGACCAGCAGCAGGUCAAGGACGAGCAGAUUGAUGCUGAUAUCAAGGCCCUCGAGGCUGAAAUCGAGCGCGAGGAGCUCAAUGCGAAGCGUGGCACGAGGUGCACGCCGGUGGCUGGGGCCACUCCUUCACCUCAGCCCACACUUAAGAAGCACAGGGCACAGAUGGACUCCGGGGACCUGGAUUGUGUGCUGUUGGAGAAUGAUGAUGUGCUGCUCACAGCACUAAAGGAUCAGCUCGGCAGCCCCUCCCCAGGCCCAGAAACCAAGCAGAUGAUGAACCCUAUCCUAGAGGAUGGAUAUGACAUGGAUGUCUCGCCUGCAAAGCUCUUCCUGAGUCCUUACAAGCCCGAGACUCCGACUCCGUCGAAGACAACCUCGAAGACUCCAUCGAAGACUCCUGGUCCCUCGAAGACUCCCUCGAAGACUCCUGGUCCCUCGAAGACUCCCUAUGAUCCCGUGGCAGAUGCCGAAACCCAGCCUGGAAUCACCCCAAAGCGGCACAUCCACUUCAUGGACACCAUGGUGACGUCUCCUUGCCCACCGACCGAGAUGGUUGCAUCGCCGCCGGUUGCAGUGGAUCCUGGGAUGGCUUCAAGUGCUACAGGCCUUCCGAAGCCUUCGGGAACUUCCAUGGUUCACUCACAAGAGACCCCGGGGAUCCUUUCCCUCCAGCAGAAGUUCGAGGCCUUAGGGUUACAGCUCGAUUCGGAGGAGGGUGCAGUGGUGAAAGCUGCAGGGCAGAUGGCAGAGGGCAAUGGCAGCACCGGUGGUUCAAGUGAGACUUCCAAAGAUGCUGAGAUUGCCCAGCUGAAGCAAAUGCUGUUCAUGAUGAAUGCCAAGCUUCAUGCUGAUCAUGGCCCCAAGGCUCAGAUUCAGCGUGAAGCUGAGAAGGAAGCGGCACGUGAAGCUGCACGUGAAGCUGCUCGUGAAGCUGCACGUGAAGCUAUGCAGUCUGCCGCUGAGGGGCAGAUGGCUGCCAACGGAGCAGCCAAGGCCGAGCAGGAGGACCAGGUCGCCCUGCCAGCAGCGAGGCAACGAUUGAGGAGGCUUUGUGCCCCUCGUGCUAACGGCACGUAUGCUGUUCCGAAAGAGGUGGUUGACAAAUACGUGGCUGGUGGCAACGAGCGCGAGGGCCUUCUCAAGUUGCUGGUCAAACACAACUUCCAAAAGGAGAGCUUCAUCAAGGAGGUUGUUGUGCUGACCCAGAAAGAGAAGGCCGUAUCGUUGGAGAUUACCGGGGAUUACUAUACGGAGCAAGAGAUGAAGGACAUGAAUGCUGACACCUACAACAAGAAAAAGCCGAUGAAGUAUUGGAUGGAAACCAAAUGCUCGGCUAGCAUGCGGCAGUCGCAACUUGUUAGGGAGUCCGAGACGGUAUCCUUCGAGCAAGAGGUCGGUGGCGAAGGCAACGAAGUGGAGCUGGGCAAAGAUGUCACCUUCGAUCUUUCGGGCUUCGAUGCCACCAUGGGUGACAAAAAGGAUCUUGCCAACACCUACAAGAAUGCUAUCCAGGUUCGGUCCACCAAGAUCGCCGAGGCUUUGGGCCGUUUGGAAGCCACCCCUGUUUCCGAGCGCAAUAACAACAUCAAUUCGAAGCAGACGAAGGAGGAUCGAGUCGCAAAGACGACCUUCCGCCGCGAUGGUCCCGUCCGUGGUGACCCUAGUCGUGUGGAGACACAAACGUACGACAUCGAAGCCGUUGCCGAGCGCUGGCAGAACGCCGGCAGCGUGGAUGGAGAGUUGGUGGACCUGGAAACCGAAGCAGCUGUGGCUUCGGAAGCGGCGGCUGCUGAAGUCUUGACAAAGGAAAAACAGGAUGCCAUGAUGGAAGCAACCAAAGCCAACGAGGAUGCAAAGCCAGGUCACGGGCGGGGAGGUCGUGGAAGGGGGGGCAGAGGAAGGGGUGGACGAGGACGUGGAAAGACCCCCUUAACUGCUGAUGAUGAGGAGGAGGCGGAGCCCGAGCCGACCGAAGCCAAGCCAUCCAAGAGGACCAAGAAUGCAAAGAAGCAUGCGUCGGAGCCAGCCGAGCCAACCGAAGCCCAGCCAACCAAGAGGACCAAGAGGACCAAGGAUGCAAAGGAGAGCGCACCGCCUACCGAGCCAACCGAAGCCAAGCCCGCCAAGAGGACCAAGGAUGCAGAGGAGAGCGCAUCGCCUACCGAGCCAACCGAAGCCAAGCCCGCCAAGAGGACCAAGGAUGCAGAGGAGAGCGCAUCGCCGGCCGAGCCGAAGGAAGCCAAGCCCGCCAAGAGGACCAAGCAUGCAGAGGAGAGCGCAUCGCCGGCCGAGCCGAAGGAAGCCAAGCCCGCCAAGAGGACCAAGGAUGCAAACGGGAGCGCAUCGCCGACCGAGCCAACGGAAGCCAAGCCCGCCAAGAGGACCAAGGAUGCAAAGGAGAGCGCGCCGCCUACCGAGCCAACCGAGGCCCACGCACCCAAGCCGAGGAGAGGCCGGCCACCCAAGGCCGGCGGGACCAAGGAUGCAGAGCCCCCCAAGCCCAAGAGGAGCACACCAGCGAAGGAUGCUGCUGAGCAAACCGAAGCCCCAAAGGCCAAGAGGACCAGAACCAAUGUUGCAAAGGAGAAUGCUGAGGCUGCCGAAAAGGAGGCCAAUGCAUCAAGCAGUGCCAACUCCGAUAAGAAAGCCCAGCAGGCCCGCCGCAAAGCUAUCCGAGAUGGCCUGGACAUGCCUGUGUAUUCGUUUGUGGAUAUCGACUUCUACUGGAGUCGCAACGGCAUGGGUGUGAAACUUCGCAACUGUGCGAAUGUGGAGGAACAGGGAAAGCAAGUUCUCUACUUGGGCUACAAAGGUGUUGCCGAGCACACUGCGAUGAUCACGAUGUGGAAGUUUGCAAGACCAGCUGAUCUCGUUGAAAAGGCGAAGGGCCACCUGACGCCAGCACUCGUGGAGAAGCUGGCAACGAUUAAGGAGGACUUUGCAAACAGGUCCGAGGUCUAG